CUAUUUCAUCUCCAUGGUUACUGACAACACCAGCUAGUCUGAAGCAUCGCUGAAUACUUGACUACCACUGUGGAAAUGAGGCUAGUACAUGCAGCAGUGGAUCCAUUACUUCAUCUAGGGAUAAAUACACCAACCCAGUGACUUCACUGCAGUAAGAGGAACAGAGAAAAAGAUGAAGUCCAGCUUUUCCUGCAAGUCUGCUCAAAAUGGCACAGCUACAUUAGAUCAUGAUCUGCUCCACAUCCUGGACGACUGCAGGAUGCGAGAUAUAUGUCCACAGUCUGCCAGUGACCCACCCACCUAUUGUAUCAGAGCCGCGGGAGUUUUGAGGUACAGUCGGGAGUCUGACAGACACAGGCUGAACUUAACAACCAUUCCUCAAAAGUCCCAGUCUCCAACAGAAUACCCAGUACAAUGUGAGUACUGUGGAGAAAAGGCCCAUCCUCCACUGGAUCUAACAUGGAUACAUAAUUCCGAGACACGCUUCUGUUGUGAUCAGCGACAGCAACUGUGUCAAAUGCUGGUGAAGGAAACACUUUUGUGUGAGGAGCGAUCUGACCUGAUUACUUGUAAUCUAACGUUAGAAGAAGAGAUUGAGAUGCUGUGCUACAAAGCCAGGGAGAGUGAAGCUCACCACAAAUUUAUCAGAGACUUACUGGGAAAACUUAGAGUACAAUCAGGAAAAUCUACAGUCUACAGUGGUUACCCAGUUAAUGUACCUGCAGCACAGACCUCUGUACCCACACCAGGGGUCCUCAGGUUAAGACUCUCGAGUCUACAACGAGAAGCAGUCAGGAGAGUGCAUCCCAGCACAGGUGAAAAGUUGUUGGAAAAAAAAGAGGAGGAGGUGAUGCUCCCUUUUUUUGAUCGGACACCAGUUCAGUUUGGCAUAUGUUAUCAUCAGGUGCGGUCUGAAUUUCUACAGAAAUUUUAUUCCAGUGGCAUUAAAUUCUUUACUAUGUUCCCUGACGGCUCUGCUCAGGUCUUUUAUCCCUCAGGCCUCUUAGCCGUGCUUUGUGUUGUCACUGAACACAAUGGAAGAGUCUGUAUUGUGUAUGACGACGUCAGUACUCCCAAUCAGCCAAUCAGAGCUGUAUUUCAGUCUGAUGGCAGAGCGACAUGUUAUCACACCAAUGGAAACAUAUGGCUGUCCUUAAACAUGUCAGGUGGUCGGCGCUUAAAUGACGCAGGCACUACAACUUGUAGGUGGAGCUGGGGCACUCUCACUCCCCUGCAGCCCAUAUUUCUGUCCCUCAACGAAAGUGUUGGAGUUCGAGUCCUGGGGAAAAAACAAGUGUUUGUUUCCUUCUUGGCGUGCGGGCAACAGGUUAAGCUCAGUGUGGGUACCAGCUGUGCUCAGGGUGAACACGAGCACACUUCAGGAUCGCUGGUUUCCAAAGAUGAGCUGUUAGCACUGGCAGCCAAAAUCAGGAUCCAUGCGGCCAUUCAGCAUCUUCACCAGUACCUGACGCCACCCUCUCAUCCCCAAAUGCUCAAGCCUACACCAACCCCUUAUCUACAUGUUGCUGCUCAAAGGCUCCUGAAAUUCAGUGAUGAUGUAAUGAUGAGUGACAGUGACAGAGCCUUCAUCUGUAGGUGCCUACAGGAUUGUUGAGCUGUAAUAAAGAAUA